AUGGCUCCUUCCUCCUCCCGCCCCCUGCGCCAGCGCCACCACCCGUCUCCCCUCCUCAUCCUCGUCGUCUCCGUCUCCGUCCUCCUCACCCCGCUUCCAAUCUCCGCCACCGCCGAUGGACUGCCGGAGCUGGGAGGAGGCGAUGGCCUGUACAGGGAGAUUCUCAGGGACGAGACCGUGCUGAGGCUCAAGGAGCUGGGCAAGAUAUCUGAUGGGGAGGGCUACCUUGAAAGGACGUUUCUGAGUCCAGCUUCUAUCAGAGCCACUGCUGUCAUCAUCAGCUGGAUGAAAGAUGCUGGACUUACGACGUGGGUUGAUCAAAUGGGGAAUAUUCACGGUCGAUUUGAGCCGACAAAUUCUACCAAAGAGGCCUUAUUAAUUGGAUCUCAUAUGGAUACUGUCGUUGAUGCUGGGAUGUAUGAUGGAUCUUUGGGUAUUAUUUGUGCAAUCUCAGCACUGAAGGUUUUGAAAGUUACUGGGAAACUCCAGAGGCUAUCGAGACCAGUGGAGGUCAUUGCAUUCAGCGAUGAGGAGGGCGUCAGAUUCCAGACAACUUUUCUGGGAAGCGCUGCUGUAGCUGGUACACUACCUGAAUCAAUUUUACAAGUAUCAGACAAGAGUGGUACUACAGUACAAGAUGUUCUGAAAAUGAAUUCUUUUGAGGCUACCUCUACUGCUAUUAGUCAAGCCAAGUACAACCCAGAGUCUGUGGGGAGUUAUGUCGAGGUACACCUGGAGCAAGGCCCUGUCCUGGAAGCCCUUCGUUAUCCACUUGGUGUUGUAAAAGGAAUUGCAGGACAGACACGAUUAAAGGUAAUAGUAGAUGGUUCGCAAGGGCAUGCUGGCACAGUUCCAAUGAAAUUGCGCCGUGAUCCGAUGGUUGCAGCUGCAGAGCUUGUUGUGACUCUGGAGCGCCUCUGCAAAGAGCCCAACAAGUUGCUGACCUACGACGAGGAGUGCAACUGCUUCACCGAGGAGUCCCUGGCCGGCCUGGUGUGCACCGUCGGCGAGCUGAAUACGUGGCCAAGCGCGAGCAACGUGAUUCCGGGCCAGGUGAACUUCACGGUGGACAUCCGCGCGAUGGACGACCAAGCGAGGGAGACGAUCGUCACGAGCUUCUCGAGGCUGGUUCUCCAGAAAUGCGACGACAGACUGGUCGAUUGCAAAGUCGAGCAUAAGCACUCGGCGGCGGCGACGCACUGUGACCAGGAGCUAACGUCCCAGCUGAAGCGCGCGGCGCGGUCGACCGUGUCGGCGAUGCCGGGGCGCACCGUGGCGGCGGCCGGCGAGACGCCCGUGCUGAUGAGCGGCGCUGGGCACGACGCGAUGGCGAUGGCAUGGCUCACCAAGAUCGGGAUGCUGUUCGUGCGGUGCCGCGGCGGCAUCAGCCACUCGCCGGAGGAGUGUGUGAUGGACGACGACGUGUGGGCCGCGGGGCUCGCGCUGUUCACCUUCAUCGACCAAAACGUUCUGGCGGUGUCGGAAGAAGAACAGGAGGCCGGGCAGAACGCGGUGGCAGAGUCUUGA